UGUCAUCAUCAAAGAAUAAAGCGACACUGCAAAGGAAAAGCGAGUUUGUCCAAAAAUAUUUACAGACAAACAUUCUUCUAGUUUCUUCAAGAAGCAUCUCUUUAGCAACAAACAUUCUUCUAGCCACCUCUUUAUAUUAGUAGAGAACUGAGGAACUCAUAAUCAUAUUCACAUAGAGAAAAUGGCAAAGGCGCGUUUGGUUGGGAUUGGAAUGGACUACUCAGCUACGAGCAAAUCAGCUUUGAAUUGGGCUAUCAAUAAUCUGAUCGACGAGGGUGAUCAGAUGUUUAUAAUCCAUGUUGUUUCUCCAAAAGCUGAUCCUACUAAUAAGCAGCUUUUUGCAGAUACUGGAUCUCCCUUGAUACCUUUGGAAGAAUUUAGAGAGAUCAAUGUAUCCAAACACUAUGGACUCAACCCUGAUCCUGAAGUUCUUGAUAUGCUUGAUACUGUCUCCAAGACCAGACGAGUGAAGGUGGUGGCGAAGGUGUAUUGGGGGGAUCCAAGGGAAAAGCUCUGCGAUGCAGCGGAACAGCUCAAGCUUGAUUCACUUGUGGUAGGGAGCAGGGGUUUAGGAACCAUUAAGAGGGUUUUACUUGGAAGCGUGAGCAACUACGUGGUGCAAAAUGCUACUUGUCCGGUCACCGUCGUGAAGGGGGCGGCACCGCCGAGGCCCAAGUAAUAGUCUCCAUAUAUAUUGCCUGGAUACGAUUAAAUUUGGGUGUGAUUUUCAUGUGCAUGGAGGUUUUGUUGUGUAUCAUCAUCGAUCAAUGUUGUUUGUGUUUUGACUGAGAUGAUCAACAUCUGCAGCACUGUAUGAUGAUUGCAAUUUUUUAUUUGCUGGUUUGUAUAUUAUUUAUUCGUCUUUUUGUUUA